AGCUUCUCGAGCGGCUGGCCCGGCGGCCAGCAUUUUUGCCCCGGCGCCAGGGGGGCCCGACCGCCCGGCGCUGCCGCGCGCCCCCGCCGGCGCAGCAGAGAUGGCGGACAUGCCGGUCACCCUGGCGCCAGUCAUCGACCUCGCGGCGCAGGGUGUCAAUGCAGCGGCGUUCCGUUUUGGCCAUCUGACCAUGGAGUCCGACAAGUACAUCGGGAUCAAGGAUACGGCGCCUGACGGCAGCAGCCAAGUCGUGAUCGUGGACAUGCACAAUGGCAACGCCGUGAACAAGCGGCCCAUGAAGGCAGAGGCGAUCCUGAUGAACCCGAGGGACAACCUCAUCGCGCUUAAGGGUGCCACGGAUGGCACGCCCGGGCACUUUGUGCAGGUCUUCAACCUCGACACGAAGGAGAAGCUGGGCGUGCACCAGGCCCCGCAGGGAAUCGUGUUCUGGAGGUGGCUGACGCCUCGCCUGCUGGCGCUCGUGUGCGAGAAGGACGUCUACCAUUGGAACCUCGAGGUCGCCGGCAGCGCCCCGGAGAAGAUGUUCGACCGGGGCGGCAAGCUAGCCGAGGCUGGCACGCAGGUCUGGCUCGCCCUUCCUCGGGCCGCCUCGGGGCGCGCGUCACACGGGGCCGGCGCUGGUUAAUGCUGACGUUGGGCGGCCGAUCCACCGCGAUCUCCUCAGCUACUAGUGCGGUUGGCUGGGGUUCGCGGCGCGUGCUUGGCUGACCCGCCUGGCGCAGACCUGGCUUUGUGCGCCCCUGGCUCCUCUCUGCCUUCCUUAUGUCACUGCUGAGGUGCCCAAGUGUCCUUCCAGUGGCCGAAGUUUGAGCGC